CCUGGGUCGAGAUGUGUUCAACAUGAAAGAUGGCGACUCGAAGGUUAAUUUUGGCAAAACCUUCUGGUAUAUUUUCAGUGUGGACUGUUCAAGGUCGAUGCAGUGUGUGCUCAAUUUCCAAUCAAAAGAAGAAUUACUCAAGCUAUGAGCCAAAAGUUGGCAAAGGGGGACGUUCAUCAUUUAGUGGUGUGGUAGCAACUGUCUUUGGAGCCACUGGAUUCUUGGGAAGAUAUGUUGUUAACAGAUUGGGUCGUGUUGGCAGUCAAGUUGUUAUCCCAUAUAGAGGAAAUGAAUAUGAUUAUAACCAACUGAAAGUUAUGGGUGAUCUUGGUCAGCUGUUGUUCUUUGAAUAUCAUUUACAAGAUACUAACAGUGUAGCUGACAUGAUGAAACAUUCAAAUGUCGUCAUCAAUCUUAUUGGAAAGAACUUUCCCACCAGGAACUUUUCAUUUGAUGAAUGUCAUGUUGAAGGAGCCAGAACCAUCGCUCGUGCUGCGAAACAAGCUGGAGUUCAGCGUUUAAUUCACGUUUCUGCGUUGAAUGCCAGUGAAGAUUCGCUAUCGCACUUUUUGCAAUCCAAGGCUCGCGGGGAAAAGGCCCUUAGAGAAGAAUUCCCUGACGCAAUAAUAUUACGACCAUCUGAUAUUUACGGCCACGAAGACAAGUUUUUCAACUACUAUUCAUAUUUCCGCAAUAUUCCUUUGGGUAUACCUUUGAUUGAUGGUGGAAUGAACACCAGAAAGAGACCGGUCUUUGUUGUAGACGUGGCCAAGGCUGCGGUUAACGCUAUAUAUGAUGGGAAACUAGGGAGUACUUAUGAACUUUUUGGACCAAAGGAAUAUUUCCUGUAUGAUUUGUUGGACUACAUUUACAGAAUGAACCGACGGAAGUUUAGACAUUAUACGCUACCUCGACCUUUGUACAAUAUCGUUGCCUGGGCUGCUGAACAAAGUAUUUUUGAUCCUCGUUUAACGCGGGAUAUGUUGUUCAGGCAAUUCAAUACUGAUGUCCCUACUGAUGGCCUGCCAAUGCUUGAAGAUAUUGGAGUUGAGCCGACAGCUGUAGAUACAGCGGCUAUUACUGUUUUGCGCCGUCAUCGCGAUUUGUGGACGUUUGAGGAGGCCUUGGACGAGGAGGAAAUAUGUAAACCAACCAGUGCUUAUUCUUAAAAGAGAAUUCACACAUAGUUUGACUAAAUUAAACAAAUGUUUAUACAAUUGUCUUUCAGCUGCUAUGGUGUUGAAAACAAAGUUUAUUUUAUACCGA